GGGGCGUGGAGCGGCAUGCGGGCGGCCGUGCCUUCGGUGCCUGCCGUGCUGUGCGGCUCGGCCGGGCUGUUGCUGCUGCUCCUGCGAUGGCGGCGUUGGAGGGGGCUCUGGAGGAAGGUGAAGGAGGCUCGGGAGAGGCAGGAGAGAGGCUUGGAGCAGAUGGACAAGGCUGUGCGCGCAUUUCGGCAGCAGCAUCCCUCGGUGAACUUGGUCUCCAUCCUCUCGCUUUCUUUGCCGGAGCUCUCCAAGAAAAUCCAGGAUGGUUCCCUCCCUCCAGAGCAUGUCUUCUAUGCCUACGUGGGAAAGGCCCUCCAGAUUGCUAGAGAAACAAACUGCAUCACAGAGUACAUGCAGGAAAGCGAGACCCAGCUCCAGCACACAAAGCCUGGGGAGAAGAAGGGUUUGCUCUAUGGGGUGCCUGUCAGCAUCAAGGACUCCAUCAACUGCCAGCUGAUGCAGAAUACGCUUGCUGUGGUGGAUGAUAGGAUUUGCUGCCCAUUUCCCACACAAGCCAACGGAGAAGGCUGGUUGGAUUUUGUUAGCAAUACACCACACAAUGGCCAUGACUCUAUGUUGGGGUUUGUGAAAAACAUCGAUAAGCCCGUGGCAGAGGACAGCGUGCUGGUGCAGGUGCUCAAGAGACAAGGGGCAAUUCCAUUUGUGAAAACCAAUGUUCCCCAGUCCCUCAUCAGCUAUGACUGCAAUAACUUAAUCUUCGGUCAGACGUGUAACCCCCUGCUCUACACCAGAACUCCUGGAGGCUCCUCCGGUGGAGAAGGGGCUCUCAUAGGAGGAGGUGGGUCCAUCCUGGGCUUUGGCACAGACUUAGGAGGGAGCCUGCGUUUCCCUGCUGCCUUCUGUGGGAUCUGUGCGCUCAAACCUACUGGGAACAGACUCAGCAAAAAAGGAGUCAUUUCUGGUAUCUGUGGGCAGAAGUCAGUGACCCCAGCUGUGGGGCCGAUGGCAAAAGAUGUGGAGAGCCUGGCACUGUGCAUGCGAGCACUGCUGUGCGAGGACAUGUUCAACCUGGACAGCACUGUUCCUCCCCUUCCCUUCAAUGAAGAGGUGUAUUCCAGUACACAGCCCCUCCGCAUAGGCUAUUAUGAAACAGAUUUCUUCACCAUGCCGAGCCCUGCCAUGAGACGUGCUGUUCGGGAGACAAAGCAGCUCUUGGAGGAUGCUGGCCACACGCUGGUGCCCUUUGAACUUACAAAUGUGGACUACUCGCUUUAUAACUUCUGCUUCAGGGGAAUGUUUGCAGAUGGAGGUGUCACUUUUCUCAACAAUUUUGAAGGGGAGCUGGAGAAAGGCAACUUGGGGAUAUUCUUCUGGUUGGUGAAGUCACCAAACUGGAUGAAAACUCUGCUGUCCUGGAUUACCAAACCCUUUGUGCCUCGGUUGUCAAAUGUCAUAAGAAGUUUGAGAGCAAACACAGUGGAAGAACUCUGGAGUCUUCAUCGUGAAAUUGAGGAGUCUUGCCAUCAGUUUAUCGCCCAGUGGAAGAAGCUGAAUCUGGAUGUGAUGCUUUGUCCCAUGCUGGGCCCAGCUCUCCUUAUUGGCUACCCAGCAAAGCUUUCAGUGGCAGUCAGCUACACCAUGCUCUACAACUCCUUGGACUUCCCUGUCGGUGUUGUCCCCGUCACGUUGGCGACGGAUGAGGAUGAGAAGGAGCUGAAGAACUACCAAGGCUAUUUCCGAGACUGGUGGGACCGGGGCCUGGCAACGGCUUUUAGCAGUGCCGAGGGGAUGCCGGUGGCUGUGCAGUGUGUGGCCUUGCCGUGGCAGGAGGAGCUGUGCCUCCGGUUCAUGAAGGAAGUGGAGACGCUUGUCACGAAGAAAAACAUGAUUGUCUGAGUCCUCACCCAGAGCGGGAUUUGAGCUCAGCGCGGUGCAAGCUGCCCUCGCAUCUCACCUGCCUGCAGGACUGGCAUUCCCAUUCAUGAUUGGGUGGAUUGUGGAAAAGUGAGACGAGGUCAAAUGUUUACACCAAUUUACCCAAUACAGUGAUUUUUGUUAGUGGAAA